AAAAAAUCCUUCCAGAGACGCUUUUUUCAACUAACAAUCACAACAUCUCGGGCCAACCCCAAAGGGUGCUUCAUCUAGGGCGCAUCUAUAAUGGAUUUCCUUGCGGCCUGUGAAGAUCUUGCUGCCAACGUUGCAGCAUUUGACUUUGUUGACGAUCCCUCCGAUGUCUCUGAAUCCGAUCGGUCAAUGUGGCAGGCUCUCUUUGAUCUCUCCUCCGACGAAGCUGUCGAAGCCAUUCGAAACUGGAGGGCUGACUUCGCUCGCCCGACGCUCUCGCAGGCAGCAUGGCUCAUGGUCAAAGAUGCCAAAACCGCUGAGGGAUUCAACAAAGAGUCAUACGAAUAUAGCAUAUUCAAAGAACAAGAGUCUCGCAAGAAAUCACGCGAAUCAAGCAGUGGCACAGUGGCCGCGAACGGGGGUGCGCAGUAUCUUCUCAAGCUAGAAGUGGAAGCUACCAACACGGAAAUACUCUACCGACUACCCAAGAAACCGAAAAUUCUCACAGGCCUCGACGAUGACGGUAACACAACCAAAUUCUGCUUGUUAUCCGGUACAGAGAAGUCCGAGCUCUUGAAGGGUCCGCCGAAAACACGCCAGCCAACCUUCAUCCGCGUAUCCAUUGCACAGAAGGCUCUAUCUUCAACAUCUCUCUAUCCAACACUUGGAUUUGACACCACUAUGCCGCAGUUUCGACCUGCCAAUUCGCCUUUGCCUCCUCCGUUAGCUCGACCAGGACAAGACGAGUAUCCAGUCUGGUACUUUUUUUAUGGCACUCUUGCCGAUGCCGACAUCCUCUCACGCAUCAUAGGCCUUGGCAAAAAGGACGGAGAAACUCAGGUCGAAUACAAACGAGCCCGCAUUCACCGCGGUAAACUCUCUACAUGGGGGGGAAAGUAUCUGGCUUUAGUAGAUGCGGACGAAGAUUCCACGGUGGACGGAUGUGCCUAUCAGGUGAAGGACCAGAAUCAAGAGGAUUCGCUCCGGGUGUAUGAGACAGGAAAAUAUGAGGUGGUCCGGUGCACCAUGGAAUUGUUGGAGGGAGAUGGGGGUUUCCUUCAGGGACUCACUUUCAGGCUCGCCUAGUCGUAUGCUCUCGGCCACCUACCUCGACAUACAGAGUAAAUGCGGCUCUACCCUCCCUUAUCUCAUUCUAGAGUUUGUGCCUGGUAUGAAGCCUGCCAGCAAAGGUUGUUUUUUUUUGUGGGAAUUGGGAAUGGCUGUGAAGGUCAUAAUAGCGCCUUCACACAAGGUUUCGGGAUUGAAAUCGUUGUAUACGGCAGCAGAAAACCCAGCACAGAGUAUUUAGACAAUCCAUAAAGCAAGCACAUGGCCAGAAGACCUUCAUUCAAACAUCUCAUUCGUGG